UCAGCGUGCGUAUCACUCCAAAGUGGGCGGGACAUGCCCAGAACAUUAGUGCUGCGGCUGCGGCCAACAUGACAGUUCGUGAACGGCUCGGCCGCUGAAGAAUCGUGUUUUUAACCGAUAAAUCAGUUUUUCAGUGUGAGUGUUUUGGCCCAUGAUAACAUCACAGGGAGCUGAGCCCAUUCAACACCAUGGCCUCUGCAGAGGAGCUGCCUGAGAAGCACUGUUGGGUUUGUUUCGCCACCGAGAGAGAGGACCGUUCUGCGGAGUGGGUGAGCCCCUGCAAAUGUAAAGGCUGUACUAAAUGGAUCCACCAGUCCUGUCUGCAGCGGUGGCUUGAUGAGAAGCAAAAAGGAAACAUCGGAGGUCCAGUCAGCUGUCCACAAUGCGGCAUCGAAUACCGCAUCGUCUUCCCCAAGAUAGGUCCGUUGGUGUAUUUCCUUCAGCAGAUAGACCGCGUUCUGUCAAGGAUCAGUCCAUUUGCUGCUGCCGGGGUGCUGUCUGGGACUGUGUACUGGUCCGCUGUCACAUACGGAGCCGUGACUGUCAUGCAGGUUGUGGGUCAUAAGAAGGGUUUGCAUGUGAUGGAGCGAGUGGACCCUCUGUUCUUGUUGUUGGGUCUGCCCACCAUCCCUGUGAUGUUGAUCCUGGGUAAGAUGAUCCGCUGGGAGGACUACAUCGUGAGGCUGUGGUGGAGACGCUCCAACAGGCAACAACUACAGCCGCAUAGUUCAAAUCGCCGUCUGCCUCAUGCUCCACCUGACGGCGCCAAUAUGGCCAGUCACCUCUCUGUGUCCCGGACUCUGUGUGGAGCGCUCAUCUUCCCCUCCGUUGCCAGUCUGGUGGGCAGACUGCUGUUUCGACGGGUGUCCUCUAAUCUACAUCGCACUAUCCUGGGAGGCAUAGCUUUUGUGGUAAUCAAAGGUGUUCUGAAGGUGUAUUACAAACAGCAGCAGUGCUUCAUUCAGGCUAACCGGCACAUCCUCGACUACCCAGAAGGAGACGGGGAAAGAGAAUGAGACAGACAAAGCGAGGGAGUUGAAGAGGGAACAGAGGACAGUGGAAAUGACUAAUUACCCAAACAUGGGAUGAGGCAAGGCAGAGAAAAGAGUGGAGUAUGAGAGGAACCAGAGGUGACAGGGUAAAAAAAUAAAACAAACGAACAAACAAAAAAAACAGGUUUUCUGUCAACCCAGGAUACAAAACCUAACUGGUAACACUGAGGUAUUAAGGUAAGGCAAAGGCUUAUGUAGUGGAGAAAUAUGUGGGUAUGUCAUUGAUAAAAUGAACAUGCUUGAUCUGCCUUACUUUGAAAUCACCGAUAAACUGUGUGGGAUUGAUAAAUCAUAUUCAAUCCAAGGAAACUGCUGCUUCUGCAGUGAAAGAAACUUUCACUUUCAAAUUGUAAUUAUAAGAAGCUGCCAUCACAUGCACACCACCCAGCUGUCUGCCCAGCCCUGAGCUCCAGUCAGACAAAGCACAGCAGAGAGGAGAAUGGGUCUAAGUAUAUCUAGUCUAAGUAUAUGGCCUUGCAGAGUUUUCUUUUUGCAUAGAAAAUGGUUUUAGUGCCAUUUUCGCAGACCAGCAGACACGGUCUGUCAACCCUCUACAAGAUGCAUUUAUUUGAUUCUUUUUAUUUGGGGCCUCUGAUUUUCCCCAAAUAACUUUGAAGUGGCUUGAUCAUUCUUGGCCUACUGUAAGAAAAUUGUUAGCAGGGGACUGACAGAAUGUCCCAAAAUAAACACUGAACUAAAUGCUCAAAGCAAAAUAUGAAUUUUGACUCUAUGCUAUUGAUAAGAUAGUUUUUGCUGACUGACUGUAUGAUUGUGACAGCAAGUGAAUUUAAAGUGUUUUGACUGGGUUUUCCUCCAAUACAGUUAUUUUAUUACAAAUGAGCAAUAUAAAGUCUUUCACAUUGCAAUAUAAAAUCCAUCAGUCAUUUCAUCAUUAGGCAAUAUUACAUAAGUUCCCUUUCGACUCAAAUUUGUGACAGUGGCACAGAGCGUUUGCACAAAUUGUGGGUUGGAAAAAAAAAAGCUCGUGAGUCUUGUCAGUAAUACAACUUCUACUUAAAGUAAUGGAAGACAGACUGUGUGCAAUGUCAGAUUUCACCUUUUUCCCACCGUAACCUUCAUCACUCCAGUGCCAAUGGAGCUGUUGGUCAGAUGGGGCCAUUGCAUUGUUCUGUCAAAACUCUCCCUCUGAGGUACAGAAACUUCAGCAUUUAGUGGAAAAAGCCAAUUGUGAAUGAGAUGUUAGUUUUGGAACCUUGUAGAUAAAAUAUGAGCUAAUAAUUCAGACACACAGGCUGACUGUGGUUAAGAUUUUUGGCUCACUCAUUUUUGAGCACAGUGCUGCCUUUCUUUUUGGACUACCUUAUAUCAAACUGAGAAAAAAAAAAAACAACCUUUGCAUCCUGUUCUGGGAUGAAGACAGCAUAUCAGUAGCUGCACUAUUUGUCACAACAGUAUGGUACACUUGAUUUGUCUUCCACAGAGUUUGCACUUGAUCUGCUGAUUGAUCACAGCAGUGCCUGCAGCUUUCAGUAUAAUGUGCUGCCUGUUUUGGGUAUAGCUACAGCCAGUUGUACCUCAAAUGAUACCCAAGCUGCUCAAACUAAGAAGAUUUCAGCCAGUCAAAGCAUGUCGGACUUUUUGCUCAGCGUGAUGUCCAGGGUAUGUUCUUUGGGCAUUUCCCUCGGUGGCACAGUUACUAGUAAGAUAUUUUGUUCUGUCGUUGUUCCAUCCAUUGUCGUGCAACGUGAAAAUGCUCUGAUUUGAAUUUCACAAUUUUUAUCCAAUCAUGUGAGUGUAUAUGUUGUACAGCGCUGUUAUUUUAUUUCAUGGACUGUGUUGAUAAAUGAUUUGUUGAAUAAAUGUAUUGUCAAACAGA